AUGCCACAACCUUCAUAUACUCCGGAGUUGGCAAAUUGGUGCCUUCCUUUCAAUGAAAAUCUUCCUAAAGAAAUCGCAACUCACUUUGUUGAUCUUCCAGUAAAACGGUACGAUGAGAUACCUGAAUUUUUGUGCUCCGUACCGGAUCUUCUUAAUAAACCAAACGACGCAUUCACGGCUUAUACCACAAGUCUUAAAUUAAUAUCAGAACAAGCAAUCACACCAAUCGGAGUUUAUAAUUACUGCCAAGAUUUGAGCAAGUUUGUAAAGGGCCCCAACCGAAAAAAUACUUUUCUCGAAAGUGUUGAAAAAACUCGAAGAUAUCUCCAGAAAGAAGGGUUUGCUGGAAGAGUAGAAGGUGAUGUGUUGGAAGUUUUUGAGGGAGUACGUGAAAAUGUUGCGUCGGAACUGAGAGAGAUAGUUCAAAAACCUAUUACGCCUUUUCUACCGAAAAAACUGACCGAUGCUUCCGAUAUUUUCGGAAAAGUAACUUUUCCGUCAUACUAUAACAAACUUAAAACUAUCUGGAAAAAUCAAGAUUCUGAGUCAAAUUUUUACGUACUCGAUUUAGGGGAUGAAGACACAUGGAAACAGAUAUAUAGUGUUUUGGAUGAGGGUGAAUUGGAUUCGUUGUAUGAAAGGUUAACAUUGGAAGAUGAAGAAAAAUUCAUAAGUGAAAAGACGCAAGAGUAUUUAACGUUUUUUGAUGAUAUUGUACCCGCUCAAUCGAAGGGAGACGAAGCAGUUGAUAGUUAUCUUGUGGAUGAUGAUGAUUACGAGACUGUAGAAAAAAAUAGUGAAGUGGAGAAAAUAGUACAUCAAUUGGGCAGUGUAUCCGAAAAAUAUCACUAUUUAUCCAACUUCUUUCCUAUGCCGGCGGACUAUGAUCAACCCAAAAUGCCUGAUUUAUUUAUUGUCAAGAAUAUCUCCAACCAUUUUGACAUCAUCACAAAAAUGAAUGGUGCCAUGAAUAAAACUCCUGAGCGGACAUGGACGUAUUUUUCAUGUGAAAGAGACAUAUCUACAAAGAUUGAUAUUCAAGAUCAUAGUUAUAAAGCCGAUGGUGUAUUAGAGCUUUUCGAGCGACCCAAACAAAUUCCAUUGUUUUUGCUUGAAGUGUCGGAAGGGCCUAAUAACCCGGAUCCAGACAAGAUUAAUGAAGAUAGGCGUAAAUUAUUGAAUGAGGGAGUCUUUGGCCUUAAUAAACUUAUGUUGAGUACCGAGUUACCAAAAAGGAAAGUGUGCGAAACACUGGGGAUUUUCUUAGCCCAAGCAUUUGCUGAUAAAAUUGAGAUUGGCCAGUUAAUAUUUAUUGGACCUGGUUUAUACCUUUUUGCGCCAUUUACAAUCCCAGUUCUUACUAUUCCAACUUCUGAUAUCGAUCUAAAUCAUGUACCUAGACUCAUUAGAACACUUUUAUGUUUACGAUACAAUAUUGUUGAAAAGAUCGAAAGGUUUAUAGAGUUUAGAAAGGAAGGACAAGAAAACAUAACAAAGUCCAAACCCAAGUAUGCAACCGGAUUCACACCAGAACGGCGAAGAGCUGUGACAUUCGCAGAAUUUCUGCCAAAAAUAUCGAGAGAAGGAAAGAAAGUGAAUGGUAGGGGGAGAGGUCGCGGUAGGGGCCGUGGUAGGGGAAUACAGGAUUCUGCAUGA